AUGGCCAGUUUGUUCUUUUUUACUAGUCCAGCUGUAAAACGAAUGUUGGGCUGGAAACAAGGUGAUGAAGAGGAAAAAUGGGCAGAAAAAGCAGUUGAUGAUUUAGUAAAAAAGUUGAAAAAGAAAAAAGGUGCUAUGGAAGAACUAGAAAAAGCACUGAGUAGCCCUGGACAGCCCAGCAAGUGCGUUACUAUUCCUCCAUCUUUAGAUGGACGACUACAGGUUUCUCACAGAAAAAGUUUUACCCAUGUUAUUUACUGCCGAGUCUGGCGUUGGCCUGAUUUACAGAGUCAUCAUGAGCUGAAGCCAUUGGAUAUUUGUGAAUUUCCCUUUGGAUCUAAGCAAAAGGAAGUUUGUAUCAAUCCAUACCACUAUAAGAGAGUGGAAAGUCCAGUUUUACCUCCAGUAGUGAAUUCUAUUCACAACACAGCCUUCUGGUUCAGUUCAGGAAUCUACGCCACAAUGACACAGAAUGCCACGUUCCCAGAUUCUUUCCAGCAGCCCAACAACACUCCUUUCCCCUUAUCACCAAAUAGCCCUUAUGCUCCUUCUCCAGCUAGCAGCACAUACCCCAACUCUCCUGCCAGUUCUGGACCAGGAAGUCCAUUUCAACACAGAGAUGUCCAGCCUGUUGCUUAUGAAGAGCCCAAGCACUGGUGUUCAAUUGUGUACUAUGAAUUAAACAAACUAGUUGGAGAAGCUUUUCAUGCAUCUUCAACAAGUGUUUUAGUUGAUGGAUUUACAGAUCCUUCCAACAACAAAAGCAGAUUCUGCUUAGGUCUUUUGUCAAAUGUUAAACGUAACUCAACAAUUGAAAACACCAGGCGGCAUAUUGGAAAAGGGGUUCACCUUUAUUACCUUGGAGGGGAAGUCUACGCUGAAUGCCUGAGUGACAGCAGUAUAUUUGUACAGAGUAGAAACUGCAACUUUCAUCAUGGCUUUCAUCCUGCCACUGUCUGUAAGAUUCCUGGUGGCUGCAGCCUACAGAUUUUUAACAAUCAAGAGUUUGCUCAGCUUUUGGCACAAUCUGUCAACCAUGGAUUUGAGGCAGUCUAUGAACUCACCAAAAUGUGUACAAUUCGAAUGAGCUUUGUAAAGGGCUGGGGAGCUGAAUAUCACCAGCAAUAUGUUACCAGUACCCCAUGCUGGAUUGAAAUUCAUCUUCAUGGACCUCUACAGUGGCUGGAUAAAGUACUUCCUCUGAUGGGCUCCCCUCUUAAUCCCAUAUCUUCUGUUUCAUAG